UUUAUAUUUAUUUCUUUAGAAAAAAACAUUUAUAUAAAAUUCCUUUAUAUAGCCCCGUAUUUCAUUGUGUUUUCCAACUACUUGUGAGAAAACUAUGGAGCCUUCCCCUUUCCGGUUCCUUCUCUGCUCAGUACUGCUCCUCAUUCUCCUCCACAUCCCCACAUCCAAAUCCGAAGCCUCCUCCCUCUUCGUCAACUGCUCCACUGCCGCGAACUUCACGGCGAACAGCACCUUCCAGUCGAACCUAAACCACCUCCUGUCUACCCUCCCCGUAGCCGCCUCACCGUCCGGCUUCUACAACACCACGGUCGGUCAAAACGGCGUCGAUCAAGUCUACGGCCUCGCAUUAUGCCGCGGCGAUAUCUCCGCCUCCGACUGCAACGCCUGUUUGACUACAGCCGCGCAACAUGCCGUCGGAGAGUGCCCGCGCGGCACGUCGAACACCCUGUGGUACGACACCUGCAUGCUGCGCUACUCCAACAGCAGCUUCUUCGGCGUCGUCGACUGGGCUCAGAUCUUCGCAUGGAACCUGCACAACGUCACGGAUCCGAAUCUGUUCGACGACCAACUCUAUCAGCUCAUGCGUAACUUGUCCACGGAAGCGGCCUACAGGUCGGGGCGGCCGCCGAUGUUCGCCGUGGGCCAGGUCCAAGUCAUCAACUCUACAAACAUAUACGGGUUGGCGCAGUGCACGAGGGAUCUGUCGCAGAACGACUGCUACGGGUGCUUGAGCAAUUGCAUCAAGAGCAUCCCGAAUUGCUGUGCAACGAGGAUUGGCGGGAGGAUUUUCGGAGAGACUUGCAUGAUUCGGUUUGAGUCGGCUCCGUUUUACAAUUUGUCGCCCAUCGGGAACACGACAGCACCGUCGCCGGCACCGUCCGGUCAGAAUAAGGGUGAUGGCAGCAAGGGAAGUGGAGUAACAAGAACGAUAAUUAUUCUGUUUGGAUUGAUGAUACACACUACAAUACUGUUGACUUAAAGAUCAAGUACAGACAUUUCAAGAAGCUGCGGAGCAACAUAUUCAAAAACUAGAAAAGAAAGCCUUAUUUCUACUUAAGCUGCUUAUAUGUUUAAUUGUGGCUAAUAUUUUAUUUAGUUUGGCAAUGUAAUAAAAUAUGAUAUAAAGAAUUAAAGCUGCAAUAUUUUUGAUAAUGUAGUAGGAUUGCGAUAAUACAUUCUAGUGAUGAAGUAGUAAUUGUUGUAAUGUAAGUGAGACAAUAUUUGUGAUAAUGUUAGUGAUAUAUAAAAUAGUAGUUGUUGUAAUGUAA